AUGUCGUAUGAUCUGAGCAAGUCGUUUAAUCGCGACACAAAUGUGACGGGAAUCCUCUUGGACGGGAAAAUGUCAAAGGCUCGAGGCGGCACCGGCAACGCCAACGGUGACGCACCCGUAUACUUUGAUGGUGCCCUUCUCGCCAACGAUAACGAGUUCUUCCUCUACGGCGGAGCAGUACUUGCAGCCGAACCAGUAUAUGAUCCACCCCCGGCCAAUGAAGUUCUAGAGUACCAAGCAUAUUCUGACCUGGCCGAGGCGCCGCCUCUGUGGAAGCCCAGCUUCAGCAACAGACGGCUGCCGGACGGCGUGACAAGAUAUGCCGUCUAUGGCGGUGCUGCCAACGCCCCUUCGGAGAACAAGGCGUGGUAUUUCUCUGGUUUGACAGCUCCCGCUAGAGGUCCUUUCUUCUGGAAUCCGACAAACGAUUCCGAGACAGCGACUAUUCCAUCAGACACGCUCAUCACAUUGGAUAUGGCGAGCCAACUGAGGGAAAAGUGGACAAAUUCUACUUUACCCAGCUACAUAAAGGGAAGGGCAAAUCCGGAGCUCGUAUGGGUUCCUGUCGGGGAACAAGGCAUCCUGGUUGUUCUUGGUGGUGCAACAUACCCCGAAUUCGCGAGCAUUUUUCACACCUCCUCGAACGCAACCCUCAGUCAACCGACCACUGGAGGCCCUGGCACGAGAACGCGAGGCUGUGCCGUUGUCGCCCCGGCCGCUGAUCGAUCGAGCUUCAACAUAUACUACUACGGUGGCUUUGAUGGGAUACACGCAAGCAAGGACUAUUACGAUGACGUCUGGGUCCUGUCGCUGCCUUCAUUCACAUGGACCAAGAUCAGCGACGGCAAGCCAAGCCACGGGCGAGCCGGCCACAAGUGCUUCCUGCCCUACCCCGAUCAGAUGAUGGUCGUUGGCGGCUACACGGCUUUUAAGAGCGACACUCUGGACUGCCUGGAGGGCGGGCCCAUCGCCCUGCUGAACAUCACCAGCGGCGAGUGGAUGGACGGCUACGAUCCCGCAAAGUACGGAGCAUAUGGCGUUCCGAGCAAGGUGCAGGCGGCCAUUGGCGGUAAUGGCGGCGGACAUGCAACGGCGACAACACCCGCACCGUCGGGAUGGGCGACACCGGCGCUCGGCAAGGUAUUCGCCACGCAGUAUGACUUCAGCAAGAUCAAGAUGAACUGGCCCUACAAGUCAUCCAGGGACGCCAACGAGACGCAAACUCCAGUGCCGCAGCCAGCGCCGCUAAGCAAUCAGUCCAAAGGCAUGCCCAGCUGGAUAGCGCCGGUACUGGGCGUCGUGCUCGGCCUCGUCGUGCUUACUGGCAGCCUUCUUGUCUUCUGCAUCUGGCGACGCCGUCUCGCGACUCGCGAACGGCCCGACACGCCGGCCUCGCACGAAGAGAUAUCUGAACGGCUCUUCUACUGGGUCAAGGGCCACCCGCAGCGCAAGCCGACCGUCGCGUCGACACACUCCUGCUGCCCGGCGACGGAGACCGCGCGCACCUCUCCUACCCAGGAUCAGGACCAGGAGCCAAGGCACGAGACAACAGAUACACCUGUGUCUGCCCUUGAGCCUUCGACAGGGUGCCACGAGAUGGAAAACACGCAGAUUGCCGAACUCGAAGACACGUCGCCACCGGUGGAACUCCACGGCAUGGGCGUCACUGCUACCGAUGUCGCUUUACGAAAGGCCGGCUUCAAACCGACCUUGACGAGAUUUGGCUCCGUUCGCUCGCACGGGUCCGUCGAGGCCGAAUCCCCCGUCGCGGUGAGCAGCAUGAGCGGCGGCGGUAGUGAGAGGACGCCCAACUCGCCGAUUCACGGGGGGCGCUGGCACGCGCGGAAGUUGUCGGCGAUCUCCUCCGUCAGCUUCGAGAGCGGUGAAGGCACUAACGAGCCCUCGAUUGACGGCCUUGUCAGCCCUAUUGGGCCGACUAACCAUUCCGAUGAGGACUUUGCGGCGAGGGUGAGUCCUCUAAAGAAUGUCAUGAACAAAAACGAUAGCCGACGGGAUCCGAAUAAGCAAGGUUUGAAUGAACUCGAUGAAUAG